UAUUUGCAUGUAUGCUAUGUGUCUUAAGCUGUGCUUUUAAAGUCAAUUAAUACUACUCCCAACUCACCCCACGUUCGUUAUAAAUACGAUGCAUUGUUCCUUCUUAUGCUUUAAAGUAAAAAUGACAAGUUAAAUAUACAUCUACAUAUUUAAUCUUGUAUGAUCUUUGUUUCUAGCCAUGUACAGUACUGCAGUUUUUCUACUACGCAUCUAUCUUUGAAAAACAGCUUGUAAAACAUAUUUUUUUUUGUCUCUGGAAGAUUCCUACUGUUAAAGCCUAGCUUUCAUUGAACCUCUAUUCUGUCUCUAGAAUAUGGAAUGAUCGGCGAACAUACUGUAAAAAGUCAGCGGCCCAGAUCAGUCUUUGACACAAAGGCCCUGCAGGAGCAAGCUGAAUCUACUAAAUUUAUGGCACAAACUGGUGAAUCUGGUGCAGAGGAGUGGUCCCAGUGGAGCUCAUGCUCAGUUUCAUGCGGCCAAGGGUCGCAGGUGCGAACAAGAACAUGUGCUUCACCGUAUGGAACUCACUGCAGCGGCCCUUUAAGAGAGUCAAGGGUUUGCAAUAACACUGUCCCCUGUCCAGUGCAUGGCGUCUGGGAGGAGUGGUCACCAUGGAGCCUGUGUUCGUUUACGUGUGGGCGUGGCCACCGCACUAGGAACAGGAUGUGUGCCCCGCCCCAACAUGGAGGGAGAGCCUGUGACGGGCCUGAGACCCAGAGCAAACUCUGCAACAUCGCCCUCUGUCCAGUGGACGGCCAGUGGCAGGAGUGGAGCCUUUGGAGUGACUGUUCAGUGACCUGUGCCAACGGGACCCAGCAGAGGACCAGACAGUGCUCAGCCGCCGCCCACGGUGGGUCGGAGUGUCGUGGCCACUGGGCGGAGAGCAGAGAGUGUUACAAUCCAGACUGCACAGCCAAUGGCCAGUGGAAUCCCUGGGGGCCUUGGAGUGGCUGCUCCAAGUCAUGUGACGGGGGUUGGCAGAGGCGGGCGCGGGUGUGCCAGGGGGCAGCGGUCACCGGGCAACAGUGCGAGGGCACGGGGGAUGAAGUCCGCAAGUGCAGUGACCAACGUUGCCCAGCGCCCUAUGAGAUCUGUCUGGAGGACUACACUGUAUCCAUGGUGUGGAGAAGAACACCUUCAGGAGAACUGGCCUUCAACAGGUGUCCUCCCAAUGCCACGGGCACCACUAGUCGACGCUGCUCUCUGGAUCACCGGGGUGUGGCCUAUUGGGAACCACCCAGCUAUGCCCGCUGCAUAACCAAUGAAUAUAGAUACCUGCAGCAAUCAGUAGGUCUAUCUUCAAUCCAGGGCCAUCUAGCUAAGGGCCAGGGGAAGUUGGCGGGGGACGGGAUGUCUCAGGUGACCAAGACCCUGCUGGAUCUCACCCAGAGAAGGAACUUCUACGCUGGAGACCUGCUGUCCUCUGUGGAGAUACUCAGAAACGUGACUGAUACCUUCAAGAGGGCCAGCUACGAACCAAGCUCAGACGACGUGCAGGUGAGUGGAUCGGUCUCUUUUGUCUUGAUAAAUGUUGACCAUGAUGCUGAGGUAGAAUUGUGUUGGAGUUAUUUUCAUUUGUGUUACAGGGAUACUUUUUUUUGCAUACCAGAAAAUAGAAAACAAUAUGAUGAAUGUUUGAAACGAAAAUAGCAUGUGCAGGAGAGG